AUGAUAUCCACAAUUCUACUUUCCUAUUCAAAAGGUCCUUUCAAAUCUACCGUGAAGUUGCGAAAAAAAAGGCUUUCGUCUCCAUCAGAAUAG